CCAUCCUGGAUGACAGACCAGCUGUGCUACACUGAGGAGGAGACGUCUGUCACUGGGCUUUACUUAGGUGGAGGAGUCUCUGGCGGCAAUACAUGAUAACUUUGCUGUGGUUUGGAGUUUCAUGACUUCUUGUAUUAUGGUCUAAGUUCCAUGAUAUGUGGAUGUAAACACACCUAAGAAAUGGCGUUUGAAGAAAAUACUGGGGACAGCAGCAGCUUUUUACAGGAUCUCGUCUUAGAUGACUCUGGGGGCAAAGUUGUCAUCAAAGAAAUCACAGAUGACACAUUCGCUGCAAAAAGUGGCCUGCAAGCUGGGGAUGAGAUUGUUGCAGCCACGAUACAGCUUGACCACCUCAAGAAAAACGAAGUGCUGAGCAUCCUGAAGGUCCUCGGGCCGUAUGAGGACAAUAUGAAGGUUGUGACAAAGAAGGACUUGACUGCCAGUGCUGGCCUUGGCUCCUUGGGCUUAGGCCUCAAAGACUCUAAAGAGGUGCUCCUAAAGAAGGACCUGCAACUGAAUGCUUCAGCCGAGACACCAGAUGUGUCCCUUGACGGCCUGAGUGGAACUUUAAAUGCUGCAAAGGGGUUGGGAGGUGAAAUAAAGGGUCCCACUCUCAAUGGAGAUCUUCCCAGUCUCAGUCUAGAUAAUUUCUCUGCUGAUACUGGAGGCAACUUUACAGUGUCCCCUACAGGACCAGAUAUCAAAACAGGUCUAGAUGGAACCCUCACAGCACCUGAUGUCAAUGUUUCAGCUCCCCAGCUCAACGCUCCCAGUGCCUCACUUGACAUUGAUAAACCAGAAAUCAGGACAGGUGACUUGAAAUACAAGGCCCCCAAGUUCAAAAUGCCACACUUUAGUUUCCCUCAGUUUCAAACACCAAAAGCAGGUGUGGAUGUGUCGGGUGACGUAGAUCUCCCCUCCGUCAGUGGUAAUGUAGAGACGUCAAAUCUGAAGUUGUCAGCUCCAAAAACAGAUCUCGAAUGUCCAGAUUUGGAGCUGAAUGGGCCAAAAGUAGGCCUAAACGGUUCUGGUGUAAAGUUAGACACACCAAAUGCUGAGAUUGAGACAACCUCACACAAAAUCAAGUGGCCCCAUCUAAAAUGGAAGGGUCCCAAAGCUAAAGCACCUGAUGUCGAUAUAAAUGCUGACCUGCCAACAGCUGAUGCCAGGAUUUCUGCAACAAAGAUUGAUGGCGAUCUAAGUACACCAGAUUUUGAUGUAAACUUGCCCACAGCCGAAGUCAAAAGCCCCGAUCUGGAUGUUCAAACCCCAGAUCUUGACAUUGAUGGCCGUUUUGGCAAAAUCAACUGGCCUCACAAGAAAUGGAAGAAGCCCAAAUUUCAUGGGCCUAAGGCAGACUUAGAUGGAGAUGUAGAUCUAAGCCCACCUGAUUUCUCAGCUUCAAAGAUUGACGGUGACGUUAAUGUACCAAAUGCUGAGCUGAAUCUCCUUAAUGCUGACCUGAGAGGUCCCGAUGUAAAUGCUGCAGAUGUUAACAUUGAUGCUCCAGGAAGAAUUAACUGGCCGCAUCUGAAGUGGGGAAAAAGUAAAGUUAACACCCCAAAAGCUGAUCUGGACUUGAAUGCAGAUCUGAGCACACCAGAUGUUGACCUGUCAGCCCCAAAAAUUGAUGGUGGGAUUAAGACACCUGAUAUUGAUGUGAAUUUACCCAAAGCCAGUGCUGAUGUUAAAGCACCAGAUGCUGACAUUGAUCUUCCUUCUAGCAAAAUCAAGUUCCCAACACUGAAAAAGAACAAGCUCCUGUUUUCUGGGACAAAGGUAAAAACCCCAGAUGUUGACAUUGAUGCUGAUGUAGCAGCACCUGACCUCAAAGUGUCAUCCCCUGAUGCCCCAGACAUUCAUCUGACAACACCAAAUGUGGACGCUGAAGUUCCAUCUGGAAAGUUUAAAUGGCUUUCUCUUAAAAGGCCAAAGUGGUCAGUCUCAGGUCCUAGGGUCGGUGAGACAGAUAUUGAUUUAGAUGCUGAUGUUUCAGCUCCUGACAUGAAUCUUUCAGCUCCAAAGAUUGAUGGUGAAAUAAACUUACCACAAGCUGAACUGGGAAGACAAAAUAUAGCUAUUGAUUCUCCAGAUGUUGACAUUGAAGGCCACACUGGAAAAUUCAAAUGGCUCAACUUUAAAAAACCCAAAUUUGGUACACUAAAAGGUCCAAAAGCUGACAUUGACGCUGAUGUGAAGGUGCCAGGUCUCGACCUCAAAGGGCCUGAUGUGGAUGUGAGAGCAGCAGAUGUUAAUCUUUCUGCACCAGAAAUUGCUGGUGGGAUUGAUUCUCCAGAUCUCAAUACCAGCAUGUCCAGUGCUGAUGUCAAAGGUCCAAAUAUGGAUCUUAAAAGUCCUGAUCUCAACCUUGAUCCACCUGAUGGCAAGAUAAAGUUACCAAAAUUCAAAUUACCAAAAUUCAAAGGGCUGAAUGCCAAAGGUCCUGAAUUAGAUGCUAAUUUAACAACACCAGACAUCGAUACCAGCCUUGACUUACCUGAAGUUGAUCUGGGUCGACAAAAUGUUGUCGUUGAAGCGCCAGAUCUGUCCUUGUCUGCACCGAAAAUUGAAGGUGGUCUUGAUGCAACAGAUCUUGACAUUAAUUUACCAAAUGCUGAUGUCAAAGGUCCAAAUAUGGAUCUUAAAAGUCCCGAUCUCAACCUUGACCCACCUGAUGGCAAGAUAAAGUUACCAAAAUUCAAAUUACCAAAAUUCAAAGGGCUGAAUGCCAAAGGUCCUGAAUUAGAUGCUAAUUUAACAACACCAGACAUUGAUACCAGCCUUGACUUACCUGAAGUUGAUCUGGGUCGACAAAAUGUUGUCGUUGAAGCGCCAGAUCUGUCCUUGUCUGCACCGAAAAUUGAAGGCGGUCUUGAUGCAACAGAUCUUGACAUUAAUUUACCAAAUGCUGAUGUCAAAGGUCCAAAUAUGGAUCUUAAAAGUCCCGAUCUCAACCUUGAUCCACCUGAUGGCAAGAUAAAGUUACCGAAAUUCAAAUUACCAAAAUUCAAAGGACCAAAGGUCAACGGUCCUGAAUUAGAUGCUAAUUUAACAACACCAGACAUCGAUACCAGCCUUGACUUACCUGAAGUUGAUCUGGGUCGACAAAAUGUUGUCGUUGAAGCGCCAGAUCUGUCCUUGCCUGCACCGAAAAUUGAAGGCGGUCUUGAUGCAGCAGGUCUUGACAUUAAUUUACCAAAUGCUGAUGUCAAAGGUCCAAACAUGGAUCUUAAAAGUCCUGAUCUCAACCUUGAUCCACCUGAUGGCAAGAUAAAGUUACCGAAAUUCAAAUUACCAAAAUUCAAAGGACCAAAGGUCAACGGUCCUGAAUUAGAUGCUAAUUUAACAACACCAGACAUCGAUACCAGCCUUGACUUACCUGAAGUUGAUCUGGGUCGACAAAAUGUUGUCGUUGAAGCGCCAGAUCUGUCCUUGCCUGCACCGAAAAUUGAAGGCGGUCUUGAUGCAGCAGGUCUUGACAUUAACUUACCAAAUGCUGAUGUCAAAGGUCCAAAUAUGGAUCUUAAAAGUCCUGAUCUCAACCUUGAUUCACCUGAUGGCAAGAUAAAGUUACCAAAAUUCAAAUUACCAAAAUUCAAAGGGCUGAAUGCCAAAGGUCCUGAAUUAGAUGCUAAUUUAACAACACCAGACAUCGAUACCAGCCUUGACUUACCUGAAGUUGAUCUGGGUCGACAAAAUGUUGUCGUUGAAGCGCCAGAUCUGUCCUUGUCUGCACCGAAAAUCGAAGGCGGUCUUGACGCAACAGAUCUUGACAUUAAUUUACCAAAUGCUGAUCUCAAAGGCCCUGAUCUACCAAAAGCAGACCUCCAGCUCCCUAAUCUCAACAUGAACGGAUCAGACCUCAGCCUGUCCUCACCCAAAGUUGAUGGAAAUGUUUCAGUACCAAACAUAGACAGUAAGUUACCAAAAGCUGAACUGCAAGUACCUAAUAUCACAGGAAAAUCUCCAGAUGUGGCAGACUUAAAAGGAGCUAAUGCACAGCUAAAAACACCUGAUCUAGAUCUUGAGCAACACCUUGGUGACUUUAAAUUGCCCCAUUUCAAACAUCCAAAACUUGAUCUUUCAAGUCCCAAAGGAGAUGUUCCCAGUGGUCUUCCUUCAGUUGAUGCUGGAAUUAAGACACCCAGCGUCAACAUAGACACUCCUACAGCAGAUGCCAACAUCUCUGUUGCUCCAGUAGAUUUGAGUGGACCAAAGUUAAAAGGAGACAUCGAAGGACCAAACGCAGAUGUGAAAGCUCCAAAUGUAGAUACUAACAUUGAAAAGCCCAAAUUUCCACAUUUCAAAUUUCCAAAGUUUAACUUGGGGUCUAAGAAAAGAUCUUCAGACGAUGAAAAUAAUGCAAGUCAUGACGAGGGAAGUGGAGUUGACUCUGAAACUGACACUGAGAUGGAGGUUCCGGCAUUCAAAUUCCACAGACUGCCUACGAACAGCAUUGAUGGCAUUGGAGAAAUUGAUGAUGCUUUUGGCUUAGCAAAAUCUGACACAGAUGACAAGGAGUAUGUCUUCAGCAAAGGGAUACGCUUGCCAAUAGUAAAUGCAACAUCAAAAACAGGAGAAAAGAUUGAUAUUAUGGAGAGACUGAAAAUGGCAAGGGAAAAAGCUCCCUUUGGUAACGUCUCUCCAACUGAGGAGAAAACGGAUAUUGGUCUGAAGUUCAAUGCCCCCAGUCUUGAUGUUGGUGGCUCCACAGAAACAGGAGAUCCCUCUUUAGUGAGAGCAGGUACUUUCAAAGUAGAAAAGCCAGAGUCUGAGUUGGGCCUGGUAGCCCCUGAAAUUUCUACAUCAGAUGAAAAUGACAAAAUGUCCUUGAGCCUCUCUAAUAUGCUCGGCCUUAAUAUCAAGAAUUGAGAUGCUGACUGAUUCUUGCAAAGGUAGCCUGAUAAACUGUCAGUCCAGAAAUAUUGUAAAUAUAUGUAACUAAACCAGUUCUACUCUUUAGUUUGUGACCAUAAAAGAGAAUUUAACUGCAGAUAAUGCUAGCUAUGGUAUUCUUCUUCUAUAAUAACCUAAUGAAAAAAGCUGUUUUAUAUACUAUGUGUAUAUUCCUGUUAUUUAUACAAGUUUUUCUUAAACACUGAGGAUUUGGAAAUGACCACCUCAGUAUUGCAUGUGAUCACAGUGAGCUGUUAAAGUUUCUGAGAAGUGAAUUACUAUACCUGAAAUAUUUUAAAGGAUAAGUGAGUUGUAUUUGUUUAUUUUUGUUCAAUAAAUUGCUCAGAUAUAUUA